AUGCUUGGAAAACCUAGAAAUCGUAGUCAUGACCAGGAAGGGACCGCGAGUGAACCUCUUCUAAGACAGUCGGACGAUAGUCUCAACGGGGAGGACUCCGAUGUUCUGUUUUCGCUCGACGACGACGACCUAGCAGAAGGUUCCUCUCUCGUCAGUUCUGAAGAGCCCCAACAGCCCAAAUCGUCACAUAGCGUUCGUUUUCAGGAGGAUGUCCAGGUUAUCGGACCUCCCCUCAGGUCUACAUUUCAGAGUCGCGAAGCCGAGUAUGAGCUGGACACAGAUGACCUUGACGGUGUCGCGUUGGCUCAGCUCGACGCGGCACAGUCCCGUCGUACACCACGGGAACAGACGGUCCCAUUACUUGUCGGACUUCUCGACACUGCUACAGCUCGCAGGAGUGUAGACGGUGGUUUGCACGUGCAAAGCCCUGGUGCUAUCGACGAUGAUGAGGUAGAUCUUGAAGGACUCGCGGCGAAGGUUUUAGCAGGCGGCGGAAUACUCGAUUCCGUGGCCAACAUGGCAAACUCGAUUCUUGGCGCAGGAAUCAUUGGACUUCCGUAUGCAGUACGGCAGGCGGGUUUUGUCACAGGACUGAUACUCCUAGUUGUGCUGUGCGGCGUGACAGAUUGGACAAUCCGGCUUAUUGUUCUCAAUGCCAAGCUGAGCGGGCGGAAUAAUUACAUCGACAUCAUGGACCACUGUUUUGGUGCUAGCGGACGCGCGGCGGUAUCAUUCUUCCAGUUUGCCUUUGCGUUUGGAGGCAUGUGUGCCUUUGGCAUAAUCAUUGGUGAUACAAUUCCACACGUCAUCCGCUCAGUCUUCCCCACACUGCAUACCGUCCCCGUGCUCUCGCUGCUCACCAACCGCCAAUUUGUUAUCGCCCUUUGCACCAUCACAGUGUCAUACCCUCUCUCACUGUAUCGAAACAUUGAAAAACUCGCUCGCGCGUCCCUCCUCGCACUCAUCGGCAUGCUCAUCAUCGUUGCUUCUGUUCUCGUGGAAGGCACGCGUGUCGCGCCGGAACUUAAAGGCAGCCCAGAUGCGCGGUUUACGGUGCUCGGCCAUGGCAUUUUUCAAGCCAUAGGCGUGAUCAGCUUCGCAUUCGUAUGUCACCAUAAUUCCCUGCUAAUCUACGGCAGCUUGCGCACGCCGACCCUAGACCGGUUUACUCGCGUGACGCACAUCUCGACGUUCGUCUCGCUCGUCGCGUGUUGCACGCUGGCGAUAUCCGCGUACCUGGUGUUCACGGACAAGACGCAGGGCAAUAUCCUGAACAACUUCGCGCCGGAUGAUACUGUGAUUAACGUAGCUCGUUUCUGCUUCGGGCUCAACAUGUUCACGACUCUUCCGCUCGAGUUGUUCGUUUGCCGAGAGGUGAUCGAGCAAUACUUUUUCUCGCACGAGCCUUUCAAUAUGCAACGCCAUGUGUUCUUCACUACCGUGAUUUUGUGCUCAUCGAUGAUCAUUGCGCUCAUCACUUGUGACCUGGGGGUGAUGCUCGAGAUAACUGGCGGCGCUUCGGCGACAGCACUAGCCUACAUCUUCCCCGCCGCUUGCUAUAUGCGUCUAGCAGAUCCGGGAUCACCGUGGUAUGCGCGGACGAAACUACCUGCCCUCGUCUGUGCACUCUUUGGCACUAUCGUCAUGUGUAUAUCGCUCUUCCUUGCACUCGGGAAGACAUGGACGCCCGCGGGCGAACCACGGAUAUGUGCCUAG